ACACACACACUAUCUCUCCCCACCACAUUGGUACACACCCUCUCUCCUUUCACACACUCUUUUCCCUCCCUCCCAGCUCUACACAUUCACUGCCUCCCAGUCCUCAUCUGCACUUCGUCCGAUCGACAUGCUGCCUCCCUCAGCUGAGCCACUUUAGACGCAAAACAAGAGAUGGUAGAAUAGAACUCUCCCCCUUCUUUCCCCCACCCCCAAAAAAGAGACCCUCAUGAUGCACUCCUGAGAAGAUGUGAGGGAAGCCUGCAUGGGGAGGAAGUGCUGGCAUCUUCCACUCAGCUGUCCAUCCGUCACAUUUGAGCAAACUUUUUCUGGAAGAAGAGCAGUCUACCCAUGUGGGAGGAGGCUCUGUGGACCCGCGGACGCUACCUGCUGGAGAAGAGCGAUGGAGGCGAGAGCGGCGAGGGGCCGGACAGCCUCGGGGGAGAGGGCUGCCCGGGCUUCCAAGGGGAGGCGUGCAUGGAAGGGGAGAAGCCCCAGGACUGGUUGUACGAGUCCUACUACAGGAUGAGCCAGCAGCAUCCGCUCAUCGUCUUCCUGCUGCUGAUCGUCAUGGGAACCUGCCUGGCGCUGCUGGUGGUCUUCUUCGCCUCGGGACUGAACACAGAGGACCACCUGACCUUUCUCAUCACGGUGCCCACGGCCCUUUUCCUCUUCCUGUCCAUCUUCAUCCUGGUCUGCAUCGAGUCCGUCUUCAAGCGGAUGCUCCGCCUCUUCUCUCUCCUUAUAUGGGCGUGUCUGGUCACCAUGGGUUACCUGUUCAUGUUCUCGGGAGGGAUACUCAGCCCCUGGGACCAGGUCUCCUUCUUCCUCUUUAUCGUGUUUGUGGUGUACACCAUGCUGCCUUUCUCCAUGAGAGCGGCCAUUAUUGCCAGUGCCAUCACCUGCUUGUCACACACUGUCACCCUCAGCGUCUGCUUGGCCUCGGCCGCCACUGACUCGGAGCCUCUAGUCUGGCAGAUCCUCGCCAAUGUGAUCAUCUUCGCCUGCGGUAAUCUCGCGGGGGCGUACCACAAGCACCUGAUGGACCUGGCCCUCAGGCAGACCUAUCAGGACACCUGUAACUGCAUCAAGUCCCCCAUUAAACUGGAGUUUGAGAAGCACCAACAGGAGCGUUUGCUCUUGUCUCUGUUACCGUCUCACAUCGCCCGAGUCAUGAAAGCCGAGAUCAUCCAGCGCCUCCAGGGACCAAACUUUGGUCGAACUGAGAGCACCAACAACUUCCACAACCUCUACGUGCAGCGGCACACCAACGUCAGUAUUCUAUACGCUGACAUCGUGGGUUUCACCAGGCUGGCCAGCGACUGUGCUCCAGGGGAGCUCGUGCACAUGCUGAAUGAACUCUUUGGCAAGUUUGACCAGAUAGCAAAGGAAAACGAGUGCAUGCGAAUUAAGAUCCUGGGAGAUUGUUAUUAUUGUGUGUCGGGCCUACCGGAAUCGCUGCCUCACCACGCCAGGAACUGUGUGAAGAUGGGCCUGGAUAUGUGUGAGGCCAUCAAGAAGGUUCGAGAUGCCACAGGCGUUGACAUCAAUAUGCGCGUCGGCGUUCACUCUGGGAACGUCCUGUGCGGUGUGAUCGGCCUCCGCAAGUGGCAAUAUGAUGUGUGGUCACAUGAUGUGACACUAGCCAAUCACAUGGAGGCGGGAGGUGUGCCAGGGAGGGUCCACAUCUCAUCAGUCACUCUGGAGCAUUUGAAGGGCUCCUAUAAGGUGGAGCCUGGAGAAGGACAGACUCGAGAUUCUUACCUGAAAGAACAUGGAGUGGUUACCUACCUGGUCGUCAACCCCAAGACUGAGAGACACAGUCCGCUGCUGGGUUUGCGCUCUCGCCCAUCUCUGGAUGGCGGCAAGAUGAGGGCGUCUGUGAGGAUGACUCGCUACCUGGAGUCCUGGGGGGCCGCCAAGCCGUUCGCCAACCUCCACCACCAUGACAGCAUGAGCACGGACAACGGCAAGAUCAACACCACCGAUGUCCCAAUGGGGCAGUAUCACUUUCAGCGACGGGAGAGGUCCAAGUCUCAGCGGAGGAGGUUUGAGGAAGAACUCAAUGAGCGGAUGAUUCGCACCAUUGAUGGAAUCAACUCGCAGAAACAGUGGCUAAAGUCGGAGGACAUCCAGAGGAUCUCGUUGUUCUUUCACAACAAAGCUCUGGAGACCGAGUACAGAUCCACCACCUUACCCGCCUUCAAGUACUACAUCACGUGUGCCUGCCUCAUAUUCUCCUGCAUAUUCAUAGUGCAAGUCCUCGUCUUGCCCAAAACUGCAGUGCUGGGGAUAUCCUUUGGCUUGGCCUUCUUGCUGUUGGCUCUGAUCCUGGUGCUUUGUUUUGCUGGUCACGUUCUGCAAGGAAGGAAGGGACCGGCGUGCUCUUUCCCCUGGUUGAACACUUCCUCCCGUAUCAUCGUCACCAACAAUCCCUGGCUGCGCCUGGUCCUCACCAUGACCACCACUGCUCUGAUUCUGGUGAUGGCCGUCUUCAACAUGUUCUUUGUGGAGGAGCCUGGGAGAUCCAAGCAGGAAGUCUUGGCGUCGGCCUCACCUGGACUUACUGUUCCACCUGUGAAUAUGACCAAUGACACCAUGCUGGACUUCCAGGUUGAACCCGCAGGAGAAAGCAGGUUUUAUCUCCCAUACUUUAUCUACUGCUGUAUCCUGGGCCUGGUGUCGUGCUCGGUGUUCCUGAGGAUCAACUACGAGCUCAAGAUGGUGGUGAUGCUGGUUGCCGUGGUGAUCUACAACAUCAUCAUCCUCCAGACGCAUGCCUCCCUGCUGGACGGCUUUAGCAAAGCUCUGUACCCCACGGAAACACUGGAUAGACCAGGAGUCCUGAAGGACCUGAAGACCAUGGGCUCCGUGUCUCUCUUCAUCUUCUUCAUCACACUUCUGGUGUUAGCCAGACAGAAUGAAUAUUACUGUAGGUUGGACUUCCUGUGGAGGGACAAGUUCAAGCGGGAGUGCGAGGAGAUCGAAACCAUGGAGAACCUCAACAGGGUCCUGCUGGAGAACGUCCUGCCCGCCCACGUGGCCGAACACUUCCUGGGACGCAACUGGAAGAAUGAGGAUCUUUACCACCAGUCGUACGACUCUGUGUGCGUGAUGUUCGCCUCCAUUCCGGACUUCAAGGAGUUCUACACCGAAUCGGACGUCAACAAGGAGGGACUGGAAUGCCUCCGUCUUCUCAAUGAGAUCAUAGCGGAUUUUGACGAAUUGCUGUCCAAGCCAAAGUUCAGUGGAGUGGAGAAGAUUAAGACCAUCGGGAGCACCUACAUGGCAGCCACCGGACUCAACGUGACGCCAGGACCAGAGUGCACACAGGAACAUGACAGACAGUACAUGCACAUCGGCACCAUGGUGGAGUUUGCCUUUGCACUAGUUGGCAAGUUAGAUGUCAUCAACAAACAUUCCUUCAAUGACUUCCGACUGAGAAUCGGGAUAAAUCACGGGCCAGUCAUUGCGGGGGUCAUUGGGGCCCAGAAACCUCAGUAUGACAUCUGGGGGAACAGCGUGAACGUGGCCAGCAGGAUGGAGACGACAGGCGUUCUGGGGAAAAUCCAGGUGACAGAGGAGACCAGUGAGAUCUUAUCCACGCUGGGCUACAUGUGCUCGUGUCGAGGCAUCAUCAACGUGAAGGGCAAAGGGGAGCUGAAGACCUACUUUGUUCACACGGAGAUGACCCGAUCGCUGUCACAAGGGACCGUCAUGCCUUGAGAGCGCUCACUUGGAAAAAAAACAGACUCAAGAGUGCACACACAAAAGUGGCAUUAGCACUGAUUGGUCAUGCUCUGUAUGUUCAAGUCAUUAGCAGAGGCCACAUUGGACUGUGAAGACACACAGUAAACCACAGCCAGGCGGACACACACUGCCAUAUUUGUCACUGGACCCCGCUCUGUGGGUGUUUUUUUUCCACCUUUCAAAUAUAAAAGACCUGCUCUCUGAGGAGUGUCGAGUGCCUGACCAGAGAGUUGUUUGCUAAAUGGCUGCAGCUCUCAAGGAGCGCAGUCAAGCGUUUGUACAGAAGUGUGCAGCUAAUUAGCCGAGUCAGUCUUGCAGUGCUUCAGAGCAGACUGUAGAUAAACACUAUUUGGACAAAAGUAAGGGGAAGCACUUCUUAAUCCAUUUCCUCUGUGGCUUGGUGUCAUUAGGGUGAGCUGGAGCCUAUCCCAGCUGACUUGUGUUGGAGGCAGGGUACACCCUGGACUAGUCCCCAGUCAGUUACAGGGCACAAGUAGACAAACCUAUGUGCAAUUUGGAGUCUCUGCUUUAGCCAAACAUGCAUGGGAGAAAGCCAGAAAGAACACGCAAACUCUUCAUAGAGAUGUUCCAACAGAGAUUCACACCCAAAUCUCCAGUCUAAGUUCUCUUACUGGUAAUUAUUCAUCUUACCGAGACGUUUUAGACUAUGAAGACACAGUUGGGUGAGUUUGCCGUGGAAGAGCUGACAUUGUGAGUCCAGCAUCAGUUACCUUUGACCUCACAAUUGCUCUUCUGGUAUAUCCGUCAACUCGGGAAACCCCCGUAUUUUGCUCUUCUUUUCCAUUUAAGUAGUUUGCGUAUACUGCGCAUGUCCCGUAUUUUAACUUUCAUCCAAACGUCCUCUCCAGUACCGCAGGUGACAACAGUGACGGUAUCCAUGCUUGAGCGACAGCAGUUUGCAAGGGCUGGACUGUCAGAUCUCACCCCACCCCUGGAAUAUUUCCAUUAUUUUUCUCUUAUUUUCAAAUGCAAAUAUUGACAGGCUUCUGGAUAUCACGAGAUGGAAAUUCCGACAGAAAAAUCUUUACAGCUGGCCAGUGGAACCUCCAAAAACAGUUUGACCCAUAGGAAAUCAUGUGUAGUGGAAAUCGACUACAGUUUACAGUAACACUACUCAUCCUUUGAAGGUAACAGAGACACACUAAUACUUCCACCUAGUGGUGUUUUAUAGGUAUUGCUGAAAUUAAUUACAACACCAGCUUUGUGGCAUCAUUGGUAUGUACAAUUUACCUAAUUUCAGCCUGAUAUAAUUAAGUUCUGUAUGUAAUUUAUUAUUUACUGAAUUGUGUUACUUCUACUGAGCUGCUGGACACUUUUGUGUCGCAAUAACUUCAUUUUCUGGUUCUAUGUUUAUCAUUACACUUUUCCUCUUUUUGAUCAUGGGCGGUCCUGACAGGCUAAUCAAGUUCUGUGCUGAAAUGCUGGCCAAAAUCCAAAUUGUGCUGCUUUUGGCGUGUUUGACAUCGGAGGUUUCACUGUAGCUGCAAAAAUAGGUGAGAACCAACCGUUUCUUCACAUCCUGUUUCCCCCUAAUACUUUUGUCUAUGUCCUGUGUAUACAUUUGCCUAGUCAGCGCUGUGAGCCACUGCUGUUUAUUUCGAGCGGAUGCUGAAAUAAGCGUCAAUAAGGACAGUCAGUGCCAACUACCCAGCUUGAUUGGUAGUUUUGAAUGUGAGUUGUAUUAAUAGAAGCUUUUAGAGCAGCAUUCCACUGAAGAGCAGAUGGAUCAAGUAGAUGAUUGCUUUAAAAAAAAAAAAAUCUACCUGGAAACCAGCCAACUGCAGUGUGUUUAAAUGUGCCCCUUGCUACCACCCGUUUUGCUAUUCAUUAAACAUUCGUAUAUAACUUGACAUGCGGGGUGGUUGUGUGUGUGUGUGCGUGUGUUCUAAUUUGAUCAGCAAUGUGCUAUUUAUGAUAGCAUGGUGGCCUAUUUUAGAAGCUGAAGUCUGGGAAAGUCAGACAAGCAUUCCUUAUGGCAGGUUCGACUAUAAUAAAAACAAAUAAAUGCGUAAAUGCUCCAAUUAACAGCACCUGUAGUCGACAGGUUAGUGUGUCACAUUGUGUCAAAAUACAGGCAUCCCUCGUUUGUCACCGUUAAUUGGUUCCAGACCUGUCCACGAUAAGUGAAUUUUAACAAAGUAGGAUUCAAUACUAACAAAUGGGUUAUUUUCAUAGUUAAAGCAUAGAAAACCUGUUUAUGACUUUCUAAUUACAUUUUUUACCAUCAUUAGAGAAGUAACACCCCUAUAGUCACCUUUACAUUCCUAUUAUUCUUUGUUUACACCACAUUGCUCAACUGUAAUGCGCAGGCUACGGGAUCACUGCAGGGACAUGAGAGACGGCCACUGCUUCAAGCAUGGCAAGCUACCAAGCUACCAAGCUAACUAGUUAGCUUCCAAUUGGUUUAUCAUAAACUUAAGAAAGUGUUUCAAACGGAGUGGGGAAGAAAGACAAAGUACGAAGCCAAAAACUCACCACUUCCACACGGAAUGCUAGGAGAACUCGGACGUGCCAUGGCUGACUCAAUGCAAUGUUAAGGUAAUAUCAUGUAAGGUAAUGUCUCAUCAAUGUAACAUUACUGACACCUAGUGGCCAGAAUACUACAUAUAACUUGUCUGUCAAUUUUUUUUUGUGUGAGUUUCUCAUGCUUUGCAAAUGUUUUGGACGGGGUUGGUUGUUUGAGGGAACUUCUUUGUCUUGUCUCGUGGUCUCAUGCUGUUUUUUCUGAUGCUGGUUCAAAUUCGGGAUGAGGUUGGUGGUGUCAAUCUUCCCCGGUUCUGUGCCACCUCGAGAAACUUGUGCAUGACAUGUUUUGCACUCAGUCUUAAAUAUCACAUCACUCCUCCAGUCCUACUCCUGGCUACUUUGUUAGCACAUGUUGGGCUCUGUUCGGCCGCUGCGGGGCAGACGUGCUGGAGUGGCGUCUGUUGUGAAAUAUAUAUAAUUGUUCAGAAAUGAACAUGUGGUCAAAGAGAGCUACUUCACACUUUCUCAUGCACUCCAAAUUAUUAUUAAAGUGUAAAAAUUGACUUCAGUUUUCAAAUGUGUGAAAUUCACACCUGCUUCCAAUAAAUAUGGUUGAGAAACACCUAAAUAAACACCUUCAGCUAUAAUGACAGAAUUU